AGCAUGGAAAUUAUAGAGAAAAAUUAAUGAAGAACAGUUUUUUUUUUUUGUACUGGAUCAGUAAAAUAAGAAUGUCUUUGUAGUGCAAAGACUUCAGCAAAGAUCAAACAGUUUGUGGCUUUAUAAACAGACUGUAAUUUAAGCCACUAGGUUUAAGACAUUAGGCUACAUAUUCAAUGCUUAUAAUUAUACUUAAUACAUUAUUUUUUAACAGGUUGAUCUGUCAUGGCUACUGUGAAGACUUUCCUCCCAAUCCUUUAUCUGCUUCUAAACAGCAGCUUCUGCUCAGACGUGAAUUGUAAAGAUGGAGAAUGUAAAUCCAUUAAGGACACAACACAAGUAUUCUGCGAGUGCCAUAAGAUCUACCGCAGUCCAGCGUGUAUUAUUGACUAUCCAACUCUUGAAAGUAAAAUCAAUGGCAUAAUCUAUAAACCAGUCUCUGAUCUGACAACAAUUUAUUUGAGUGUCAAGGAGCUGAAGGACUACACACAAGAAAUAGUUGGGUCUGUCCGAGAUGACAUCCAGUGGACACAAAUCUUUGUUAAAUACAACAAUGUGAUUCAGAAGUAUAGAAACAUCAGUUCAGUACAUUCACAGCUUAAAAACGGUACAAUAACCCAACGCCACUAUGUGUCUGAAAUCGGAGCUCAGUUCACAGAUGGAAACUUUUCUCAGUUUAAUCUCACAGACUUUCACAACAUGAUGAUAGGCACUGGAGACAAACACAACAUUUUGGAUACUUUUCGCACAUCAUUGGUCCAGGACUCUCAAAGACAGUCUGGUGAGCCAGUAGAGUGCACAAAAUACUACAGCGACCAGAUUGAUUAUUUUCUGCGAUACAUGUUUACCCUUGAAAAGGAAGCUGUUUUAGCUUGGUCAAAAUAUUUACUGAUCACUGGAAAAUCAGAGAACAUUGAUUUUGUUGAGAAGAUUUUUAAGGACUACGUCUCACAGCAGUGGAGACUCUUUAAUAAAAAUAGUUGUGGCCCUCUAAAGGCUGUAGAUCUUCAGAACAACCACUGUGUGAAACUGUACCACACCAUAGCCCAGCAACAAGUGAAAAUUAAAUGUGGUGAAUUAUUCAAGCCCUUCCCAGAUAUCGUGGGGUGCUCUGGAGGGCAGUGGAGCGCCUUGCCGGUUUGCUACGCUGAGCAGGUAAACGGACAAGUUGAGUGCAAAUCUGAAGGUGGGGUCACAGCCUGCAAGGCCUCAUGCUCUCCUGGCUGGGCCUCUGCCACACACCCUCUGCCAUCUGACUACAAAUGCUCACAGCCGCCCUGUCCAUCCUUCUCACCACACAAGUGUAACAACUGCACACAAAACAACGUUUGUAAGGACCAUGAGGUCUGCACUGGCGCCUUGGGCACAUGUCUUGACACAUGCCUAAUUAAACCUUGUGGAGUGAAUGCCAAAUGCUCCUCCUCCAAUCAUGACAGGAGCUGCACCUGUGUGAGCCCGUGGAAAGGAGACCCAGACAAGGGCUGCAGGAGUCAGGACCUCCAGUGGGUUCAGACUGGAGACGUGCCCAGCAAUGCUGUUCGUUCUAAUGCCCAGCUUGCUGUGUGCAAAGCCAUUGGACCUGACAGCGGGUGGCACAGUGGGUUUGUAAAGGAUAAACACUGCAAUUAUGAAUAUAAUGGAGGACGGCAUCAGGCUAAUAGCUAUGAGGUUCUGGUUGAUCCAUGUGGAGGACAUGGUUGGCAAUGGCUGGAGGGGGCCCAGGGGAACAUGGUCUCAUAUGACGAAUCAAAGAGGUUUCCUGGAGUCAAAUACUACGUGUGUAGUGGGAAAAAUGAUGGCCUUGUAGGGAAGCUUUUCAACACGCGUGAUGGCUUUCUGUGCCAUAUUGCCAAGGACAAUACCAGAGAUGGAAGUUUCUAUGCUCUGGUUACACAACCAUGUAUCUGAAGACACUUCACUGUGAUUCACUAUUCAGUGCUUAAGUUUCUCUAAUUCCCUUUUAAAGCUUUAAAUCGGUGGAGGUGCUGUAUUCAUCUUUUGAAAUACAGAUUGGGCCCAAAUGCACAAAUGGAAAGGAGCAGUCAACUCUCACCAAACAUUAAGCAUGGCAUAACCA